AUGAUGGUUAUAUUCUUAAUAGGACUAGCUAUUGUUGUCAUUAUCAGGACUUUUUUCUGUAACACAGAAGCGCUUGCUAUUAUAGCUUGUGCGGGAGAUGAUAGCCUUAGCCUUAUGCUUCGCUUGAUCCUCAUUGCAAUGUCUGGCGUGCCGGGCAUGUGA